UGCAGCUGAAGGCAAAACUCAAAGGUGGGUACCGAAGAAUUCCAGCACCAGUAAACGCAUUAGUAUGAUUUGAGUACUUGUCUCAGAAACAGUUAAGUUUCGCUGGUAGCAGCGAAUAAAGAAGUCCACACUCUUCUUUCUCUCAAAAAAAAAAACCAUCAUCACAAGCAACAUUCGCAUAAUUUUUCUAUUCAUCAAUAAAAAUUCAGAGAGACUGUUUUCACCCAAAAAUCAAGCAUUUUUGUCACGUUCAUUUGUGAAAAUAAUCAAAUUGAAAGAAGAAAAAAAUCCAAAAAAAAAAUUACUAGUGCAGCCCUUUUUUGGAUAUCCGGAGAGACAUACAUUUUCUAAUUUGAAUUAGUGCGCGCAAGAAGGUGAAAUAAAAGAAAAUUUGUCGUGUCUUUCAUCAACAAUUACAAUCAAUUCUGUGCAAUCAAGUUCCGUGUCUUCAAUCGCACAAAAUGUGGGAAGUUUGUGUUGUUAGUUGCUGUCCUGCUUUUUAUGCUGGAUUAUAAGAAAAAAAAUAAUUGCAAAAUAGACUAAAAAAGACAAGCUAAAAACUCUUUUGUGCCUUGUUACUCGGAAGCUAAAGAUUCCACUGACCUGUGACCCCUGUGACAUUUUUUUACCCCACAAACUCCCAAUUAAGUGAUACCACAAACUUAAACCCUGUGCAAAAAUUAGUCUUUCAAUGAAAUUUCCAUAAGUGUUCCCAAUUUUUUUUCAGCAAUAAACCUCUUAGCUAUAAAGAGACAAUUUGUGCUCAAUUAUGUGAUUAAAUACAAUUUCCUCAAAGUAACAUUUAUACACAAUUCUCUCUUUUUUUCCUGUGCAAAAAAAAGUAACAACCAAUUGAGUGAUUUUUAGUAUUAGAUAGAAAAAAAAACAAGAAACAAUUCAUCAUUAUCCAUAGACUUCUUCUGUAACAAUUAUGAAUACCAAACUGCUGAGCUUUGUGAUUUGGGGACUCUUCCUGGUGAUUCUCGUUGAUCUUUCAUGUUGUGAAGAUUCCACAGCGAGAUCAAUAAAUUUAGCGAUGGCCUGGCGUCCUGUCCAGGCUGUACAGACUCUGUAUAGCCCUGUCCAGGCUGUACAAGCUGUCCAGGCAGUUCAGCCCGUUCACAAACCCCAAGCUACUCAAUUCAUCUCAAUCCCAACCCUCGCAAAAGCCAAUACGGCUCAACUUCUGCAAAUAGCCCAUUACAAUGCUCAACUGCUGAACGCUAGGAUGAAGGACCUUCAGACCCAAUACAGUAAUCAACAGCAGCAGUACAGCAGUAACAAUCAGUACAGGAAUCCCUUUGCAAUCUUUGGCGUCAACGCCUCUAGUCCAAAGUAUCGUGCCGCACUCCUCAAUGACAUCCCCCUAAAGCCUUUCUCGCCCAAAUAUACUGUCACUACAUCCGGACUCAGCCCUAUCUCCUACGGCAACAAACAGCCCAUCUACCUGAGUGAGAUUGACCACCAUCUACCCCUGGUUCACUCCUCAACGCCCAAGAUCCCAGUCGUAGUCCCAUCGGUGGGAAUGAGUCCCUCAAUUAGCCACUACAGCUACAUUCCUCUGCUCUCAGCUAGCCCAAGUUCAUUGAUAUUCAGAGAUACACCUGUAGUGAUGCCGGCAGCACAAUCGGCAACAUUUCAAGGGAAAACAACACUGAAGCCACAUCCUGUCCUCAAUAAAUUGCAAGCACAUUUGGCCCUUGCUACCACUCAUAAGCAACCAUAUGGCUCAUACUCGAAUAUCUUCGAGAAAUUGACCGUUCCCGUCUUGGCGCCAAAUGUUUUCAAGAAUCACGUCGUUGCAGCGAAUUUUGUGAAAAAUACCAAGAAUGUUCAGCCAGUGUCAAAGAUCAUCAACAAUACAGCUCCUAAGAGAAUCAAACAGACAAAUGUUCAACCAAGUCCAACUCCCAGUGCAACUCCAGAUCAGAAAACUGGAGAAACUGGCAUUAGGACGGGAAAUCAGAAUAAAACACAGGCGUCAAUCUUCGAGGCUGGACCCUUUACGCCUAUUGUGAGAGAGAAUGCUGUUGUAAAGGACGCUAAACCUACACUAAAAUCUAGCGACGUUCUCAAUGAACUCAAUCGCCAUCGGAAUAUUAUUCAAAUCAUGGAAGGACUACCACAGAUUCCUUCAAGUGUAUCUUCUGUUGACAUAAGUGGAGAACAGAACUUCCGACCAAUUGAUAUUUUGAAGAAAUACAACAUUUCCAAGUCACCGCUUCAGGAUCUGACUAGAUUCUCCUUCCAGCCAAGCUCUUACAUGGAUUUCACAUCACCAUCCCGGAAGUAUCCACUCCUGCCAACAAUACCAACUACAAUGGUAACUUCUGGUGAUAGGCUCUCACCGACGCACUUUAGACUCAAUGAAAUCAAAGAGACAACUGGAACCGCUUUCACUCCAAUGAUGCCCUUCUUACCGACGCCCAAUAGCUAUGGACUUCACAAGAAGCCCCUAUUCUCUGGGAGUCAUACUUUCUUCACAAUUGAGGAUGCUGUUACGGGAACAACUCCUACUCGCAACACAAUAGACUACAAAAGCCUCUUUGAUACGACAACCGAAUUGAUCAAACCUGUCCGUGAGGAUACAAACGAUGUAACCACAACAGCUCCAGAGCCUCAUACACACUUCUACAAGUUCAUGAAGUAUCCUUCAUCAUCAUCAACAGUGACGAUCUUCGAGACAACAACGCCCAAAUCAAAACUAAAACAUCGCAGAAGAAAACCUGGCAAUCGCUUCAAGAGUAACAUCAGUGAUCCCAGUUGGAUUGACAAACUCCCAAAGGAAUCCAUAAGAGUGGAAAAGAAUGUCACAACAGAAGCGUCCGAGAUCACUUCUACAACCAGACAUUCAGCCAGAUUCCGACAGAGACCGAAAACGGAAACGACAACGACCACAACUGAGACACCAGAAAUUACAACGGAUCCUACAACUGAAGUAACUGAUCAAGUUGCUCCAACAACAGUCAAAACCACAUCAGAGGAGGUUGUCAAUAUCACUACAACAACCGUUUCAACAACAUCGGUUGCGGUUCAAACAAACUCAUCAACACUGAAGCCAAUGGCAAAGUAUAAUUCUAUUAGUCGACCUAGAUUGAGUUUGAAAAACAGUAGUUACUAUCUCAGCAAUCUUUCAACAUCAACAACAACCAAUCAACCAUCGGAGAUAGUCACAACGCCAAAGUUUACAAGAAAACGACUACCUACGCGACCUUCAACGACAACAACGGAAGCAAGUGAAGAAAAGACAUCAUCAACGGAAUCCAGUACGACAACAACGACGACAACAUCAACUUCAAAGAGGUUUCAUCCAACGAGGAACAACAAUUUCACUCGUCCAUCCUUCACGAAGCCAUCAACUGAAGGACCUGUUUCUCGAGGAUCAACGGGUUUCCCCACACGUCGAGGUUCCAGUAGAGUAGAUUUUCGCAAUCAAAAAUCAACAACCUCCACAUCAACUACAACGGAUUCGGAAUCAUCAACACGAUCGAGCACAACAUCUCACAGACGCUUCCAAAGUGCUCAAGACAAAUUGGCUAGUGCAAAACAGAGACAUCGAGUUGAAGAAACAAGCUCCCCGGAGAGUACCAGUGUUGAUACAACAACCGAGCACAAGCUCGAAACAUCAAUUAUGAAAAUUGCCAAAAAUGAUCACUCAUAUCGUCCAUAUGCUCAUUCUACAUCCAAAACAACCGAAUCCAUCAUCAACAACAACGUCAUCAAUGACAUCUCAACGGAAAAGUCUGCAAAAAGUGUCAAUAGCAAUUCAAAAAACCGACGGAUACCAGAAUACUUCACAAUAGCCACUGAUGAUCCCAUCUUACCCAUUCAAGCAUUCUUUCCCAAAUUCGACUGAUGAUCAAGCAGUUUUACAAAACUGAUCAAUUUAAUUCAUUUGUGUAUAAAAUAUUUGUUUUUUGAAAAAAAAAGAGAGUUUCUGACAUUAUUUUGUUGAAUGCAAAAAAAAAAACAAAGAAAGACAAGAAUAUUAAAAAAAAAUGAUGAAAAUUAUAAAUCUUA